GUCGCCGCGGCUCGAGCGCCGUCGCUCUGGCCCCGCCCCCCGAGAGCUGAGCUCUUUUUGGCCGCCGAGUCCGCGCCCUCCUUCUUACCGGCGUAUUUACUACCAUGCCGCUGUACGAAGGCCUGGGGAGCGGCGGCGAGAAAACGGCGGUCGUGAUAGACCUGGGAGAGGCUUUUACCAAGUGUGGAUUUGCAGGAGAAACUGGUCCAAGAUGCAUAAUUCCUAGUGUGAUAAAAAAAGCUGGCAUGCCUAAGCCUAUCAAAGUUGUACAAUAUAAUAUCAAUACAGAAGAAUUAUAUUCCUACCUCAAGGAAUUCAUCCACAUCCUGUAUUUCAGGCAUCUGUUGGUGAAUCCCAGAGACCGCAGAGUUGUGGUUAUUGAGUCGGUAUUGUGUCCUUCCCAUUUCAGAGAGACACUUGCUCGUGUUCUUUUCAAGUAUUUUGAGGUUCCAUCUGUCCUGCUUGCUCCAAGUCAUCUAAUGGCUCUUCUUACACUUGGGAUAAACUCUGCCAUGGUCCUGGAUUGUGGAUAUAGGGAAAGCCUGGUGUUACCUAUAUAUGAAGGAAUCCCAGUACUAAAUUGUUGGGGAGCACUCCCCCUUGGAGGAAGAGCACUUCACAAAGAGUUGGAAACUCAACUGUUGGAACAAUGUACUGUUGACACCAGUGCUGCUAAAGAACAGAGCCUUCCCUCUGUGAUGGGUUCAAUUCCAGAAGGUGUCUUAGAGGAUAUUAAAGUGCGCACUUGCUUUGUUAGUGAUCUGAAGCGUGGACUAAAAAUUCAAGGAGCGAAAUUUAAUAUUGAUGGGAAUACUGAGCGCCCGUCACCACCCCCAAAUGUUGACUACCCAUUAGAUGGAGAGAAGAUUUUACAUGUCCUUGGAUCAAUCAGAGACUCAGUUGUGGAAAUUCUUUUUGAACAAGAUAAUGAAGAGAAAUCAGUUGCCACUUUAAUAUUGGAUUCCCUUAUGCAGUGCCCAAUAGACACCAGGAAGCAACUAGCAGAGAAUUUGGUAGUCAUAGGUGGUACCUCUAUGUUACCAGGAUUUCUCCACAGACUACUUGCAGAGAUAAGGUAUUUGGUAGAAAAACCAAAAUAUAAAAAAAUACUUGGUACCAAGACAUUCCGAAUUCAUACUCCACCUGCAAAGGCUAAUUGUGUAGCCUGGUUGGGAGGUGCUAUUUUUGGAGCACUGCAAGACAUACUUGGGAGCCGUUCAGUCUCAAAGGAAUGUUAUAACCAGGCAGGCCGUAUACCUGAUUGGUGUUCUCUUAAUAACCCACCUUUGGAAAUGAUGUUUGAUGUCGGGAAAGCUCAGCCACCUCUGAUGAAGAGAGCAUUUUCCACUGAGAAAUGAAAGUUUGAUUAGAAUUCAGCUUUGCUUCAUUUCAAAUAUCUAAUCAGUUACAAGCAAACUGUACAAAGUAUGUGCGAUGCUGUUAGAGAUGACUAGUAGAAGUGAAAGCUUUUCUGUAAUUAUUCUUCACAUUAAUAUUUAAUUAUUUUGACUCUGAUUUCUCUUGUGUAGUAGUAAAUUGGUAGUUGAUGCUUAUGAAAUUAGUUGUAUCAAUAAAAUAUAGUAAAGCUGUUUAAUUUUGAAAGUUUUUACAUAGUUCAUUUUUUAAAAAGAAUAAAAACAUUGUCCCAAUUCACAUAA